GGGCAUAGGAUGGAGAACAGAGCGGAGCGGCAGAGAAACUUAUGAGAGAUGGUAGAAUGGUGACCCUGCCGCACACCAUGAAAUAUUCCUUUCUGAUGACAGCCCUGAGUUUCCUGCUGCUACUGGCCUGCGUCAGAGAACAAGCCAGCUGCCAGGGGGUGGACGCUGGCACCAAGUGCUGCGGCUUCUGCGAGCCUGGAAAAGACUUACCCGUGACUCCGGAGUGCGCCAGAAAAAUCAUGAGCAUCAACUACACGUGUGUGGAGCAGGAGCAGGAGCAGACGCAGAAGAAGAACGAUACGUCCUGCGCGUGUCUGCAGGACAAGCUCCACAGGUUCUGGCUGGCCUUCGAGGACUACCUCACCAAGGAGGAGGCGCACGAGGACAUCGUGGACAUGAGCAGGAUGAAGGCCCGGGUGCAGAACAUCAGCACCAGCCUCGACCAGGACCUCCUCUUCACGCUGGCGCCCAACGAGGUCCCCAGGGAGGGGAACGCCAGCGUGAGGGGGCACGUGAGCAGCGUCAAGCUGCCCCAGGGAAUAUUUCAGUCCCUUCACAACAAGACAGACCACGUCAAAGUGGCCAUCAUGGUGCUCAACGUGGAACAAUGGGGCCUCUUUAAGGUCCCCAGGGAGGGGAACGCCAGCGUGAGGGGGCACGUGAGCAGCGUCAAGCUGCCCCAGGGAAUAUUUCAGUCCCUUCACAACAAGACAGACCACGUCAAAGUGGCCAUCAUGGUGCUCAACGUGGAACAAUGGGGCCUCUUUAAGGACCCUGACCAGACGGGCACCAUGCUGGACAAUGUCAUGGUCAGCGUGAACGUGGGAGACAGGGAGACCGCUGCAUUCAACAACUGCAUGGAACUCACCUUCUCCCACAGCCCACUGCCCCUGGACACGGCCAGGCACUGCGUCUUCUGGGACCCCAAGAAAGGCCUGCGUGGAGGAUGGAACACGUCCGGCUGCCUCACGGACUGCAGAGAGAGGGAGACAGUGUGCUGUUGUGACCACCUGACCUUCUUCACCCUCCUGCUGAAUCCGUCCCUGGACGCCUUCACGGCCCAGAGGUUGUCCACUAUCGCAAAAGUCGGCUGCGGGAUUUCCAUGGGCUUCUCGGUCCUCACGGUCGGCCUGUACUUUGUGCUGAGGUAG